AUGUUUUAUCAAAUCGGUGUGUUGUUCGUGGUUGGGUGCUACCUCACAGUAACCACUGCUCUGCCCCCAUGCGUCUGUAGUGCGAUACACGACCAGAAAACCGUGUGUGGCUCCGAUGGACAGACAUACAGUAGCGAGUGCAUGUUGAACUGCGCCCGAGCCAAAAACCCUCACAUAACCAUGCAGGGUGAGGGCAGGUGCAAGAGGGAGGCGCCUAGCUGCUUCUGCACCUUCGAGAACAAUCCGUUGUGCGGUACAGAUGGGCAGACCUAUUCCAACGAAUGUGAGUUGAAAUGCAAGCAGGCAGUCGAGCCGAACCUCCGCGUGGAAUAUAUUGGCGAGUGCCGCGCCAAAAGACAAGUGAACGUAGCAAGCAUCUCGCGCUGCUCCUGUCCCAGGGAUGCGAAAUACGUGUGCGGAAAUGAUGGUAACACCUAUGAUAACGCGUGCCUCUUAAACUGCGCAUCAGAAGCCAACCCGAGCCUGUAUGUUCAACACAGUGGACCCUGUGAUAAUGCCGUCAAAGUCGUCGAUGACGCUGAAAACAAUCCCUCUUGUACUUGUACAAGGAAUUACAAACCCGUGUGCGCUUCAAACGGCGUCACCUUCGGAAAUGAAUGUCUGAUGCAGUGCUCCGGCACGCAUCUGACUGUACAAGCGUAUGGUCCUUGUUAG